AUGGAGUAUCCGGCGCAGCUUGUCCACGUUCCGAUGCCCGGACUUUAUGAAACGUUCCUUGAACGCUACAUUAUGUCAAUGUUGCGGAAUCCUUAUCCAACCGCCAGUCGAUUUUUUUCUCGGCAUGAGCUCUACGAACUCAACACCAAGCACUUGACUGUCCUCAACAUCGAAGUCUACAAUGAUCACACAUAUCAUCUGCAUGCACUUGUGCCCUUCUGGCCACUAUUUUCUCACUUGACAGCCUUACAACUGUUCAUUCUGAGAUUCCAUGCAGUCUGCGACGCGAUGCCCCCAAUUUUACACCCGGGGAGAUUGUUCUACGAAGACGCAUACGAGAUCCCGAUCGGUUUAUUUAAAGACCUUGCUAAAGAAGACAUACGACUUCAGGAGGGCGAGCUGACUGGCUUUCCAUACGAAAUUGAUGAAGAUCCUUGGGAGUGCCUCAAGUCCAAGAUAGAUAUUGUCCCUACUGACAGCGACGGCGAGUAUCUGAGCCCGACAUCGGUUCGCAGGUUGGAAUUGCUCUUCAUCAAUCCAGGGAUCAAGAAUCGUCCUAAAAAUCUUUAUCAGUAUAAGCUCCGGGAAUUCAAUCAGAGUAGGUCGCCCUUGGAAAUAUAUCGGUGUCGCAAGGAAUUAUUGGAAAGAUUCGGCCUCAUCAAGCCUAAAGAGCAAGCAUUCGCUGCAGGAAAGGUCGCGAUCGAGCGCUUCGAACCAAGCUUCAGUCGCUUUUCCCAACCUAUCCUUGAAACUCCCGACACAUCGACACUCAGAUUGACUCCCGGUGCUCAGCACGCUCUCGUUACUUCAGAUGUCGAUGCUCCAAGUGUCAGUACUUCAAUGGAAUCCCAAGGCGCGAGACGAUCAUGUUGGAACCUUGUCCUAGAAUUGCUGUUGUUUUGGUAUCAUGACUUCAAAGCAGAUUUUAUGCCGAACGAGUUGGAGCCCACCGCUGAUGAUGAAAACGAGAGUGCAGGAGACUUGUGA